AUGGAAUCUGCACUUCAAAGUCCCCCACAAAGGAAUGAGUCCACCUUGGUGAAAUUCAUCUUAAUUGGUUUUUCUGAUGUUCCAAUCCUGAAAGAUUUUCUUUUGGGGGUAUUUUUGAUAAUCUAUGUAAUUAUCCUGAUGGGCAAUAGCCUCAUUAUCAUAAUAACAAAGGUUGACCCUUCCCUACAGACUCCUAUGUAUUUUUUCCUGGGAAACUUUGCUUUCUUGGAAAUAUGUUAUGUGUCAGUCACUGUCCCCAGGUUAUUAACAGAUCUCUACAGACAAGAUAGAAGUAUUUCUUUUGUAGCCUGUGCUACUCAAAUGUAUUUCUUCCUGGUCUUCGGAGCCACUGAGUGCUUUAUUCUGACUGCCAUGGCUUAUGACAGGUACGUUGCCAUUUGUAACCCACUGCUCUACCCACUUGUCAUGAACAGUGAUCUGUGUAUUCAGUUGGUGGUUGGUUGUUGGACAAGUGGAGUUCCACUGCACAUAGGGUUCACAUACUGGAUCUUCUCUCUACCUUUUUGUGGAACAAACCAGCUGAAUCACUUCUUCUGUGACAUACCUCCAGUCCUUACCCUUGCCUGUGGGGACACUUUUAUGAUCGAGAUGCUGAUUUACAUGAUUGCCCUUCUAGUGGUCACUAUUCCUUUUAUUCUGAUUCUUGUCUCUUAUGUGAAAAUAGUCACAACCAUUCUGAAACUCCCAUCAGCCACUGGGAGAGCCAAGGCCUUCUCUACCUGUUCCUCCCACCUCAUGGUUGUAGCUUUGUUCUUUGGCUCAGGAAUCAUAACAUACUUGAGACCAAAGUCCACCCAUUCUGCUGGAACAGACAAAUUCCUUUCCCUUUUCUAUACCGUAGUGACCCCAACAUUUAACCCCAUGAUAUAUUGUUUGAGAAACAAAGAUGUUAUGCUUGCCUUGAAGAAGUUUCUUCUGAGAUGGAUUGUGUUAUGA